AUGUCACGGAGCCUGACAACACGGAAGCCUUCGAAAGAAUGGGGCUUUGAAUCAGACUUUGCUUCCUCCGCAAACCUUUCCACAACAGACCAGGCUAGAAGAACGGACAAACAAAGUGGAGAAGAGAAACAGUGCUGGCUUAUCAAACAUGCUCCCAAAACUAGAUGGUCGAAAGGUUUGACCAGUGUCCAGUUCUUUGAGAAAAUCCUUCUUCCCCACAUAGAAUCAGUUCGAGCCUCCAUCAACAACCCUGAGCAGAAAGCGCUACUGAUAUCAGAUGUGUUUCGGGCCCAACACACACAGACACUAAAAGAUCUGAUGACAGCCAACAACUGCAUCCUACAGAAAGUUCCAGCUAAUAUGACCCAUCAUCUACAGCCCCUGGACAUAUCUAUCAAUGGACUGGCUAAGAAAUUCAUGCGCAAUAAGUACGAAGAUUGGGGUGACCUUGCCAUGCACAAGAAGAAGAUAGAGUCACUCUCAAAAGUGUUGACUGAAUCACUGACUCACAAACGACACAAGAUUAUAAUCCUAUCCGGGCCUCCUGGGGUGGGUAAAUCUGCCACUGUACGAGCUUUAGCUAAUGAUAUGAGCUGCUCUUUUGAGGAGUGGGUAAAUCCCAUAAUGACUUACGAGAAAGGAAUGCACUACGAGAGCGAGGUAGCAAAGUUCAGAGAUUUCCUGCUGUCGUCAUCUCGGUAUAACUCACCUCAAGAAUUCUGGGAUAUAAUAAAGACGUAUUCCCGGACAGGACUGUAUCCGGUUGUGUUGAUAAUAUCUGACAGUGUGAGCAAUGUCAAGAUACCCCCGGAGCACCUCAACAUUCCAUUCAACCCUGUUGCGGACACUCUGAUGACCAAGGCGUUAAGAACACUAGUUCAGAAAGAGAAGUUAUCUGAUAUAAACGUGGGUGAAAUAGUAGCCAGAUCAGAAGGGGACCUCAGGAACGCUGUUCUGUCUCUGCAGUUUAAUGGAGUUACUACAAAUCAUACCUCAAAAAAGGGUCCAACAAAAAGACGAAAAAUAGCAUCGAAAGAGUCAAAGACUAAAACUUCAACUACUGGGAAGGAUUCUACAUUGUUUUUCUUUCACGCAUUAGGAAAGUUUUUGUACGCUAAACGGGUAGAAGGUUCCAGAAAGGACUGUACUGAUACCAAACUAGGACGCUGUGAACUAGAGUUUGUACCGGAGGAAGUCGCAGAGAAGUGUGCUGUAAGUGGGGGACUGCUCACUGAGUUCCUACAUCACAAUUAUCUGGGGUUUCAAAACGAAAUAGAAAACACAUUGUUAGCUACAGAUUCGCUGUGUGACAGUGAUAUUAUAUCUUCCCAUUGGACAGAUGACAAAGAAGCACUGGAUAGAUUAGAUUGGUAUUCUAAAUCUCUGACUACUCGGGGUGUCGUGUUUUCUAAAGAUGUCAGCUUUGUUCCCAAGUUUAUGCCUCUUUGCAGGCCCGUUCAGCGGGACAUUUCCAAAACAAGUCUCGAAAAUCAGGAAAAGUGCAGGGAUGUCUUUGCGUUGCAACAUAUGGGGGCAAAUUCAUGCUUUUUGUUGGACACAAUGCCAUUUUUCAAAAAGAUUGGGUACAAAGCUAAUAAUUCCGAGGAAUAUUCUUUGAUCCAGAAGAUGACUUACUUUAAAACCUCUGCAAAGUGUGGCGUUUCCCUCAACAAUAAUGAGGGAGUCGAAGAAGAAGGGAGUUCGGUAUCAUCUUCUUACAAGAAGAAGGAAGAUGCCGAUAUGCUGGUUGCAAAAGAAAUGGAGGAGGAAAUAGCAGAUUUUAGCGAUUAGAUUUUUAAAUACAAUUGAUUAGAACUUUUUUGUUUAGGCAUCAAUGUUGAGUAAAAUGUUUUUAAAGGUUUGCUUCGUUUUUGAAGUGAUUUUGUUUUUCUAUUACAAUUUUAUUGCUUAUUUCACAUUUCAUUAUCAUAUAUUUGAUAUAGCUAAUUAUUCUUUUCUCCC